AUGUCGGCCAUCACAACGCUUCGCUACCACUACCUCUCAAAAAUCUACUUCCCUAUCAAGUACGGAAAGAAGAUGUGGUCCAGAUUUCGAAACAAAACUCUCAACUGCACAAACAACAACAACAACAAACACAGUUUUAUAACUAACCACAACAACAACAGCAAAACUGAUCGGUCAUCCGGCAUCACAACACUACUCGUUAAUAAAUCCGGUCACACUUCUGUAGUCAGAGUCGGUAAAAAGGGAGCCGGAAAAAGUUGUAGCGGCGAUCGCAGCAGUCGCAACCACAAGGUGGCUAGCCAUUAUUGUGUGGCUCGUGGUGGCAGGAUGAUUGUGGUUGAUGCUGCCACUGGCUGCUCCUACCACAAGACUGUUAACUCGGCUUGGAGUACUGAAAGUGGGCUUAAAAAAAUUCGCAACCGGGACAGCGCUAUUGAUAUUAAUAACAACACUAAUUACAAAAUCAAAAUUGAUGAAAAAAAUUACGCCGAUGGUGAAUCUGAAACGAUGGUGAUGGUGAAGAAGAAGACUACGACGAUGUUGAUGAUGAUGGGGAGGGGGCGGAGAAAGAAGAAGGGGGCCCUUGGCUGUAAGAUUCAGCCACACGAUUGUGCCCACUGCUUGGUGUCUGCUGUCGAAAAUUUGGAAACGAAAGUAGAAAGGCGUAAUGAAAAUAAUGGUGGCAGUGAUAUUUUAGGUAGCAACAAUUACAACAAUGCAGAUAACAUUAACAGCAGUAAUCACAUCAAUUGUUGUCAUCAACCAGCUAAUACUAACAACAACAUCUCAAACGAUAAUUAUCUCAAUAACGACGAAAGUGUUAAUGUUUCAAGUCACGUUCUGGAUGGCAACAGCCAAAAGAUUGAUGAAAUCAUCAAUUGCGCUUACAUUAAUUUCAAUAACAAGACUGACGACAAGACUUCUUUUAAUGACAACACCUCCAACAACAACAACAGCAAAAAUUAUAGACCGAUGAAAUACAACAAAAAACCCCAAAACAACUUCGGCCACUACAAUAACAACUACACCACCACCAGCAACAACAACAACAUCAACGACAAACCGCGUCGUCAUAGCAACAACAACGUCAUCAACCAUGGCAGCCGCCGAGUUGAAAACUCUUGGCGGGAAAAUCCAUCAAUCUACAUCUCAUCUUUUAGAAGUCACCACAACCUCUCCAGAGCAUCUCGCGUCUCGGCUAGCAGCAGCGUUACUUACUGUACUGCAGCGGACGACGCUACUGGAUGCGCUGCAGCUAAUUAUAACAAUACCCACUGUACUUUGACAGAUAACAUUGUUGAUACUCCUGAUAUAGUAUCAUCCGCUAGAAGAGAUAUUGAAGAUGAUAUCUUUAAAUAUAAUGAUGAUGAUGAUGAUGAUGAUAAUAAUAAUAAUAAUAAUAAUAACAAAAAUAUUAAUUAUAAAGUUGUGACCAUGAAUACAUCAGUUGCUUGCAACCUCAUCUGUGGCUAUAAAAAGGAGGAUGACGAAAAUGAUGACGACGACGAUGAAAAUAACAAUAAUAACAACAGUAAUAAUAACAGUAACAACAACAACAACAACAAUAAUAAUAAUAAUAAUUCGAAGGUUGGUGACGACGAUGUCAAAGCGUAUUACGCUGGUUGUCAUUUUAAUGAUGGGUCUCGUGAUGUCAUGGAAGUUCGCUUGGAAAAUAAUAACAACAACAACAAUAACCUUAAUAAUAAUAAUAAUAACAACAAUAAGAGUAAUAACAAUAAUAAAAAUAACAACAGCAACAACGGUGAUAACAAUAAUAAGCACAAUAGUAAGCCCAACGAUGACAAUAGUAGAUCGGCGAACCCCAUCACUGACGUAAGCAGUGACGUAAGCCAGAUGACGUCAUCAGAAUUGAUGGUUCACGAAACCGGAAAUGGUAACAGUGCUGUAGGUAGGAUUGGUAAAAAAGAAUUCGAUAGAACUAGUUCUCUUGAACGCUGCAGUAGUGUACUAAGUUAUAUAGGUAAUGAUAAUGUUGAGAGUUGUGAUGGUAACGCGAGUUCUAAUGCAAAAACUUGUGACAAUAACUACAACGACAAUAAAAGCAAGGACAAAAACAUCAAUAGAAGCAUCAAUAACAUCAAAAACAUCAACUAUGACAUCACAAACGUUAACAAAAACAGCAAAAACAAACCCAGUCAGCACAAAGACAUCAACAGCGUCAACAAAAACAUCAACAACAACAUCAACAACAACAUCAACAACAACAUUAACAACAACAUUAACAACAUCAACAACAACAAAAACUUCAGUGACGUCAAAGACAAUAAUGAAUAUCCAAUCAGCGUUAUGGCAUUCAACUCAUCAACAAGAUCUAUAGCCACAGCAGCCCCAACAGCCACAGCAGCCACAACAGCCACAACAGCCACAAAACCACUUGUCAGAGUCGCAAAAUUCAGCCUGGGAGCACGGGAGGCAGGCAAAGGGAUGCGUAGUAAGGAGAACAAACAAAACAACAUGAACCUGAACCACAUCCGAUGCAAGCAAAGAAUCAAUAUUAACAAAACAACAACAGCGCCAACAACGAUAACCACGACAGAUCUACGUGACCAGCCGGAAGUAAACAGUCGACCAAUCAGCAGGUGUGGCAAGCCACCUCCGACCUUUGACAUGUGGGGUUUCAGGUUAGAGAAACAAAAUGGCUGCCAAAUCCAGCCAAACAACAGUAUCACCAACAUCAAUAAAGAUAAAAAAAUCGACAAAUCCAAAUUUGCUGAAUUUCUAUUGGCUACCGGAGACAGAGGGAUGGAGUUCGUUGUUACUCAGGAAGCGGAAGAAGAUACUAAAAAUAGCUGUACAAACAUAAACAACAUAGACAUAACACUCUUGGGCGAUAAUAAGUCACGUAAAAACGUAGAUAAAUGUAGCGUGGUGAAGAUGGACGAGCAUGAGAGGCUGCUGGUUCGGAGCAAGUUGAAGUACUUCACGAAAUUUAUCGGUGGCCUCAGAGGCGACGACUAUGAUGCUGGUGGCGGUGGGGAUGGCGAUGAUUAUGAUGAUGGAGACGAAGAAAAAGAUGAUGAUGAUGAUGAUAAUGAUGAGGGUGUUGAAAGGAGUGGCAAUGUUUUUGAAAAGAAAGAUGCGACAAAGAAUGAUGAAGAUGGUGAAGAAGAGGAGGAUGUAGAGAGAGGAGAAGAUUUAGUAAGUGGAACUGUUCUCGUCUAUACAAGAGUUAAAAGAGCGGCCACCGAGUUAGCUCAGUCGGAAAAAGAAUCAUGUUUCACGCUGCUGUUACGGGAUGGCAUGAUUCAAACGCCGUCUGCCCGAAACUAA